AUGUCUCCUUCCAUCUGCCUCGCCAUCUUGUUGCUUGCACUGGUCUCACCGUCACUGGCAUCAGCCAGCAUUAACGACAACAAUGGCGUCACCGUCGCGGCCCCUAGAGUGCCCGUGGCGUUCCAGUUCCUGCAGGGGCACAACGACGCGCGCCGCGAGGUGGGCGUGGCACCCCUGGAGUGGAACUGGAUGCUGGGGCAGGACGCCAAGCGGUACGCGGCCCAGCUCGCCGCCCGCUGCAAGCUGGAGCCGCCAAACGGGAAACAAGAGGGCGCCGCCGCCACCGGCUCGUGGGUGUACGAGCGGCGGUGGUACGACCACGGCGCCAACGCGUGCGCGCCCGGCAAGGAAUGCGGGUCCUACAAGUUGGUGGUGCGGAACACCACGCGAGAGCUCGGCUGCGCCUGCCGCACCUGCCGCGGCAGCAACGACACCGUGGCUGUUUGCAGCUACUCCCCUGGCGGCAACUACGACGACCCGCCAUACUGA